GCUGGGACAGCUUGUAUUUCUGUGGUUAAUUUUAGUUUCCUGCGAGGUUUUAAUGGAGUUUCGUCCAAUAAUGGAAGGGAUAGAUCAUGGCUUUUCGAUGUAGACUGAUUCUUUUUCCGUUCCUUGCAUAAACCCGAUGUUAUUGAAUUGAUUAGAAGUGCUUCCUGUUCAUAUGAUGAUCAGGGCUAUCAAACCAGGAAAGAUGUUUGGGAUUGUACGGCGAAGAAUUGGUUUCGGUGGCUUUCAUGCUUCGACUCUGGAGCGUUGUUUGAAUAGGAUGCGACCUGCUUUAUCCGCAUCAAGAUGGUACUCAUCCUCAGGAAAGCAGAUGACAAUUCGAGAAGCUCUAAACUCUGCACUUGAUGAGGAAAUGUCUGCUGAUCCUAAAGUCUUUCUGAUGGGCGAAGAGGUUGGUGAAUAUCAAGGUGCAUACAAGAUAUCCAAAGGUCUCUUGGAGAAGUAUGGUCCUGAGAGAGUUCUCGAUACUCCGAUUACAGAGGCUGGUUUUACGGGCAUUGGAGUUGGUGCUGCUUACUAUGGUCUUAAACCAGUUAUAGAAUUUAUGACAUUUAACUUCUCUAUGCAGUGGAAGGGAGUGGUGUUUAAUCCAUUCGACACUCUGCGGCAUGAAGUCCGAGUGGUCUCUUCAAGUUUUAUCUUUCUUCUUUCCAAAUUUUAUUUUCAAGCAUCUGUUACUGUUUAGAAUACCAGCAUAUCA